AUGGAGGGCUCUCACUGCUGUGUGGCCUGCGGUUCCCUCCUUGGGCCGUCCGACACCCUGAACCGGUGUGCGGCUUGCCGUGGCCUAUCUGACGACCCACGCGGGGGGUUUGCGGAUGUUUGUUCGUCCCCCUCCCCCGUCGUGCUCGGGGGCCCGUCCGCAUCUGAGACGCGGCCCCCUUCUGGGCUUAGGCGCUCGAAGCGUCGCGGUCCUUCGGCUCCUCCGUCCGGCCCCCGUCCGAAGAGAUCGAAAGUUGACGAGCUGCUCGCCUCUGAUGUCGAGCUGCUGCGCAGGGAGGUGGCUGAGUUGCGGUCUCUAUUGGGUGACCGUCCCCCGGGUGACUCAGCGGCUGCUUUUGACCCGCGUUCGCCUGGCAUGCCCGACCUUGACCUGGAGGCCGAUGCCGUCUCGCUGGCGGCUUCGGCUUCCAUGUUCCAUGAUGACGUGGGUGAGUCGGCGUUUGUGCCUUCGGAGCUCGGCUCCUCGUCCUCUGCGCUGGGCUCGUCAGCCGGCUCCCCUGACGCUUCCAUACUGGCGGUGCUGCGCGGCGCGUUGGCGCGUCUACAGCUGGACUUGCCUCAACGGCCCGCUUCGGCGCCGGCGAGCGCAUUUUUUCGGCACCAGCGGUCCGCCCCGAAUUUUGCGGUCCCUGCUUCGGCCGACUUUGUUAGGGAGCUCCAUGCGGGCUGGAGGGAUCCGGCGGCUCUCUCUCGUCUUUCGGCCGAUGGUCGGGCUCUGGCGGCCAUGCAUGAUCCGGCCGCUGUGGGCCUGGACCGCAUGCCGGGUGUUGAGCCCGCCAUUGCAUCCCUCAUCGUGUCCCCUGAGGAGUCUCUCCGCCCGGUUGUGCGGUGCCCUCAGCCACUGGGUCGGCUGACGGAUGAACUAAUUCUCCGGGCCUAUGGUGCCGGUGCGCGUGCUGGGCGCAUCGGUAAUUCCAUGGCUCACCUCUUGUUGGCCCUCUCAGCGUCCUUACCCGAGAGCGGUGCUGACACCUCUGCCGUGGGCUUCUGCGACGCGGCGUUGCACGCGUUCGCCCUGGUGACGCGGGAGCUUGGGCGGACGAUCCUGCCCGGAGGACGCUCCGUGACGUUCCGGUUGAACCCGGCCAUCUUUUUGGCUCGGCGGCGGUGUCUGCCUUGGAGAGGACUAUUUCGGCCCGUGCGACCAGGCAACAGCUGUCGGGCCUGCGUCGGGGCUCCGCUCCUGCAGGUGGGCUGGGGGCUCCCUCUGCUGGUUUUCGUCCUCGCCGUACGGCGCACCUUUCCCCUGAUGGGGGCUAUGGUGCCCAGCCAGCCUCCCGGCAUUCAGCCGAUUCCUUUCGUGACCCCGCCCGCUUGCCUCCACGUCGGGCGCAGGCGGGGCCUCCCGCCCGCCAGCCCCCCAGGGCCCGUCGGGGCCGGAGGGGCAGGGACUGAGGCCGUUGGGCCGGCCGUCGGAUUUUUUUCCCACCAGCAGCUCAGGUACUGGGCUGCUCGAGUUUCGGACCCCUGGGUGAUAUCCACCUUGACCCAUGGGUACGUGCUCCAGUUCCGACGCCGGCCCCCCGUGUCCCGCCGGGUCCGGGUGACUACUGUCUCGGACCCGGCGAGGGCUCUGGCUCUGAGCCGGGAGCUGUCUUCUCUCCUGGCCAUGGGGGCCAUCGAGCCUGUGGAUCCCCGGGCUUGCCCCCGGGGUUUUUACUCAACUUAUUUUCUGGUUCCGAAGAAGACCGGCGGUUUUCGGCCGGUUCUGGAUUUGCGGGGCCUCAAUCGGUACCUGAAGGUACUUCCGUUCCGCAUGUUGACCGUCGCGGAUGUAUUGCGGGUGGUCACCCGGGGGGAGUGGUUCACCUCCGUUGACCUGAAGGAUGCCUACUUUCAUGUGCCGGUCGCUCCUCGCCACAGGCGGUUCCUCCGCUUCGCCUACAGGGGUCGCCACUGGCAGUUCAGGGUGCUCCCCUUCGGGCUCUCCCUUUCCCCGAGGGUGUUCACCCGUGUUGUGCGGGCUGGUCUGGCCCCCCUCCAGUCGGUGGGCAUGAAGAUUCUGCCCUACCUCGACGACUGGCUGCUGUGUGCGCCGUCGCGCGCUCAGGCGUACGGCGAUACGGCAGUCCUUCUUGCCCACGUGGAUCGCUUGGGCAUCAGGGUGAAUUUGGGGAAGUCGUGUCUGGUUCCUUCCCAGCAGGCGACCUUCCUCGGGGUGUCUCUGGACUCGGUGGCCAUGUUGGCUCGACCGUCGUCCCGUCGGGUGGAGGCCGCUCUUCGCCUCCUCUCGCAUUUUCCGGUGGGUCAGGUACGUCCGUAUCUGACCUUUCUGCGUCUUUUGGGCGUGCUGACGUCCCUGACCGCGGUCGUGCCCCUUGGUCUUCUCUUCUUGCGCCCCCUGCAGCGGUGGCUGAAUGGCUUUCGCCUGGACGCCAGGCAGCACCGGCGACGGUUACUGAGAGUCUCCGGCCGGUGCGCGGUGGCCUUGGCGCCGUGGAGGAACGGGGCUUUCUUGUUGGAGGGCGUUCCAUUGGGGGUUGCCCCAGUCCGUCGCGAGGUGGUCACUACGGACGCCAGUCGCUUGGGAUGGGGUGCCGUCUGGCAGCGCAGGGCUGCUCGGGGCAGCUGGUCUCUGCGGGACCACGCUGUCCACAUCAACGUCCUGGAGCUGCGUGCGGUUCACCUGGCUCUCCGGCACUUUUACCCUUUCCUACGGGGAAGGCACGUGCUGGUGCGUUCAGACAACGCUGCCGCCGUGUACCACAUCAACCACCAGGGGGGCACGAGGUCCGCUCAUCUCUUGGAGGCCUCCCGCCGUCUUCUUGUGUGGGCGGCCCCUCGUCUUGUGAGUCUGCGGGCCGCCUAUCUUCCCGGCCAGUUGAACCGUCUGGCGGACUCCUUGUCCCGCCGUCGCCUCCCGCCGGGGGAGUGGCGCCUCCAUCCCGAGGUGGUGCGCGCGAUUUGGGGAGUUUUCGGCCAAGCCGAGGUGGACCUCUUCGCCUCCCGGGAGUCGGCCCAUUGCCCUCUCUGGUUUUCCCUGGGGGAGCGCUCCAGCCCUCUCGGUCAGGACGCGCUGGCCCACCCCUGGCCGAGGGUCCUGCUCUACGCCUUUCCGCCGCUCCCUCUGAUCUGGCUGACGCUUCGGAGGGUGUCUUUGGAGGGGCACUCAUUGCUGCUGGUGGCCCCCUUCUGGCCGGCUCGCCUAUGGUUUCCCCUGCUGCGCAGCCUGUGUGUCGGCGAGCCUUGGUGCCUCCCCGAGAGGUGGGAUCUACUGUCCCAGUUGGGGGGCCAGUUAUGGCAUCCCGAUCCUCGCCGUCUCCGCCUGCACGUCCGGCCGCUGAGGGGACUCAGGCGGACGCUUUUGAACGCCCGGGCGCCCUCCACCCGGCUGCAGUACGCUGGCCGGUGGAGGUUGUUCGUGAAGUGGUGCGGGGACCGUGGGGAUGACCCGGUCUACGUCGCUGCCAUCUCUGCUCAUCACGCCAAGGUCUCUGGUGGAUCUGUGGGGAACCACGGCCUGGUCGCUACAUUCCUCAAGGGGGCUCUGAGGCUCCACCCCCGCAGGUGUCCUCGCGCCCCGGUCUGGGAUCUGCAGCUGGUGCUUGACAGCUUGUGCCGCCCCCCCUUCGAGCCUAUGGAUGCGGCCGGGCCUCAGUGGGUCGCCCGCAAGGCGGCGUUCCUGCUGGCCGUUGCCUCUGCUAAGCGGGUUGGCGAACUGCACGCACUCUCGGUGUUGGCUGGCUCCCGUUGCAAUCGUCCCUUACACCUUGCCCGUUACCGCCCCCCGCCUGGGGAGGGUGGGAGCAGACCGGAGCUGUUGUGCCCGGUGAGGGCCCUGAGGCUUUAUGUGGACUCCACGGCAAGUUUUCGUAGGUCAUCCCAACUUUUUGUCUGCUACGGGGCACGUGGUCGGGGCUCUGCCCUCUCCAAGCAGCGCCUCUCUCAUUGGGUCGUUGAUACUAUUUCUUACUCCUAUCAGAUGGCUUGUCGCCCCCUGCCGUCGGGUGUGCGCUGUCACUCUACCAGGGGCGUGGCCACAUCCUGGGCUGCCCUGAAAGGGGUGCCUCUGGAGGACAUCUGUGCCGCCGCCUCAUGGUCGGCGUCUGGCACCUUCUUCAAGUUCUACUGUUUGGACGUCACCUCUCCCCACCCGCUGGGUGCGGUCUUCGGAUCGGAGGGGACUUCCCUGUGA